GUUCUGGCCAAUUGGAUCUUGAGGUGGGCGGGAAGUUUGGACAACAUUAGCUGUGGCAGUAUUUGGGAAUGCAGGAAAGUCGAUGUAGUGUCGUGUUCCGUAGAGGCUGUGCGGUGUACGACUGCAGAGAGAGAGAUUUCCAAUGAACAGAAUACGAAUUCAUGUUUUGCCCUCAAGUCGCAAUCGGGUGACCCAGACAGCCCGACCUCAGGAGCCACAGGCCUGCUCCUUCACCCAGCGACAAUGCUCCCAGCCGCGCCUGGAAGGCCUAGAUUACUGCAUCAAACACAUUCUGGAAGACAAGACCGCUCCCUACAAGCAGUGCAGCUAUGUUUCUGCUAAGAAUGGCAAACGCUGCCUCAAUGCUGCGCCAAAGGUUGAGCGGAAAGAUGGUGUGACAUUUUGUGCAGAGCAUGCUCGCAGGAAUGCUAUGGCUCUGAGAGCGCAAAUGAGAAAAAUGUCUUCUGGGCCAUCCCCAGAGACACUGUUGUCUCAACUCAGUGGGUACAGCAGUGCUGAGACACACAACCUUGAUGCAGGGCGCUCUGACGCAAGUCAGAUUCUAGAUAAUGAUAGCCUGAGUGAAGAGGAGCCGGGGCCUUUGGUACUUGACCAGACAUGGAGGGGAGACCCUGAUAGUGAAGCUGACAGUCUUGAUAGUGACCACGAGGAUCCUCUGAAACAUGCAGGAGUGUACACAGCGGAGGAAGUGGCUCUCAUCACCCGUGAAAAACUCAUCAGGCUUCAGUCUCUCUACAUUGACCAGUUCAAACGCCUGCAACAUCUGCUUAAGGAGAAGAAGCGUCGAUACUUGCACAGCCGCAAAGCGGAGCAUGAUACUCUGGGUGGCAGUCUGCUGACAGGGCCUGAAGGACUGUCCAUGAAAGAGAGAGAGAACCUCAAGAAGCUCAAAGCUCUGCGUCGAUACCGUCGUCGGUACGGCGUGGAAGCCCUGCUGCAUCGGCAGCUGAGGGAGAGAAGGCAGGCUGUGACAGAUGGUGCUCCCAAGCUAAACUCGAAAAUGUUGUAUGAAAAAUGCAUGUCCUUGGUGGAAGGAACCCGGUGCACCAACCCCUGCCUGCCUAUGACCAAACACUGUGUACUACACAUCUACCAGGACAACAAUCAGGUGCUGUUUAAAAUGUGUCCAGGCCUGAAGGAUGUCCCCUGUGACCGUACUGUGCACAUGGGUCAGUCGGAUGAGCCUCGCUGCCCUCUCCACCUAACCCUUCCUCCUCCCAUGUAUCAGCCUGAGCAAGAACCUCCAGCACAGGAGCAGCUCACAACUGCAAGCAGAGACAUGUAUCUGAGUGCAGCAGAGCUUCAACCCACGGAGAGCCUUCCCCUGGAGUUUAGUGAUGACCUGGAUGUGGAGGGAGAUGGUAUGCAGGGCCCCCCAUCCCCUUUACAGUUUGACACGGCCCUGGCCCUCGAAGACCAAACCAUCAGAGCCAUUGCUGAAGCCCCAAUGGAGAUUCUGACUGGAGAAGACCCAGACCCGGUUGACUUGGACGCCUCAGGACAAGAACUUUUAGAAAGAGACGUGGAUGCAAUCAUGCAGGACUAGGUUAAUCCCUGAUUAGAGCUUCUGUUAUAUUUAAAUUUUGACCGGUGGAUAUUGUACAUUAUGUCACAAGUUCUGUGUAUGUUAAUUGAGAGGAGUUUAAUAAAGUUUUGUGGAAAACUG